CCCAACACGGGUACGAUUGCUGGGAACCAGGAAGCAUCCCCCCCAUCUGGGGCAAUUAAAGAUCAUUCGGGCCAGCUCAGAAAUUACGUUAAUAACCAAGCAAAUUGGAUCAUCUUUCUUACGUCUGUCCCCAGAAUUGCUUGGUUUAUAUGGUUUAUUCAGCGUGUAGAUGCUUUACCUGUCAUUCCUGGCAAUGACGUUCCACCAAAGCUUUGUUCCGAAAUUCUCAAAGUCCUUCUCAACUUUUCUUCGCGUGCUGAGGCAUGAACAUCCGAUGCCGUCCCAAGUGCCGACAGAGACAAGUUCCUUAUUCCGCUACACAAGCGGAAGAUGGCUUUGGAACGAGCGGGCGCAGCUCGAAUCCCGAUACCGCCCUUUUGAUGUUCUCUGCCUUCAACAAGCAGCUUGCCGGGCAGUCGGCGCCACUGAGUGCAUUUCUCUGGAGAAAAUCGGAGAGGGCAACUACAAUAAGGCAUAUCGCCUUGUAAUGGAAGAUGGUCAAAAAGUCAUAGCUAAGAUCCCUCACCCGAACGCUGGUCCACCAAUGCUCACAACCGCAUCUGAGGUUGCGACGAUGGAGUUUGCCAGGACCGUCCUGGACUUGCCCGCACCAAAAGUUCUUUCAUGGAACGCCACCGACCAGAAUCCUGUUGGUGCCGAAUACAUUAUCAUGGAAGAAGCAAAAGGCUCCCAGCUCCACAACGUCUGGAAGAAUCUUCAAUUACGAGCUAAACGCGAUAUCAUCCGCAGAAUUGUAGAUAUCGAGAGGAAAUUGCUCUCUGUAUCAUUCAACAAGAUAGGAUCACUGUACUUUAACGACAGUGAGAUUCCAGGGUGCGAGCCUGCUGCUACGACCACGGGUGGUUCGCGAGAAGUCAAUAAUUGCAUCACAUCGCGUUUUUGCAUUGGACCUAUCGUUCGAAGAGAAUUCUGGGAGAAGGAACGCAGCGAUAUGCACCAAUACCACGGUCCCUGGAAGUCGUCGGUAGACUACCUUGAGUCGGUCGCUCGCCGCGAAAUCGACUGGAUCAAAGCAUAUGCCGAUCCGCAGAAAGCGGUCGUGAAUCCAUGGCAGUAUACCAGCGAUGAUCAAUAUUCGCCGGAAGCCCAUCUCGCUGCUUUGGGGAAAUUCCUCUCCGCCAUCUCGCACAUUGUUCCAAAAGACUCCGAAGUCACUUCACCUAGGCUUUGGCAUCCGGAUUUUCAUGCGGGUAAUAUCUAUAUCGAUGAACAAGGCGAAAUCUCCAGCAUUAUCGACUGGCAGGGAGCCUGGAUCACUCCAGUGUUCCUCGGAGUUCACCCCCCAUCGCUUUUAGACUACGGGAUUGAUGAAUUGUCGAUGAAGUUGCCUGACAACUUCAAACAGCUCGAUGAGGUUACCAAGGAUCAGCUCAGACAUCAAGUGGCCGAAUCUAUCUUGAUUCACUCUUACGAAACCCUGACCACGGAGACAAAUCCUUUGAUGCACAAGAUGAUGCAUUACCCUCAUGGUCAAACCCUGAAGCAGCUCGAGGCCUUUGCUGGCUCCACCUGGGACAAUUGUCUCUACCCACUCCAGGAUUGCUUGAUGCGUGUUGAAAGAGAAUGGGACCACUUUCAAUCAGACGAGCCAUGUCCAUAUAAAUUUUCGGAAGAAGAAAUCAGAAAACAUCAUGACGAAGUUGAGCCAUUCAAUAAGAACCAAAAGCUGUGGGAAGAGCUGCGCGGGAUUGUGACGGACGAGGGUUACACGUCGAAUGAAACCUUGGAUGAGGCCAUUGAGGUAUUUAGGAAUUUGAGGGAAAUUGGUUUGGCUGGUUUGAAGGGCGAAGAGAAUAUCGAAUUCGAUAAAAAUACACGUUGGGUUUUGGACCUCCGAGCAUAGAUCUUGUUAAUGUUCAAUUUAUCAGUAGGGUA